AAAUGUAUCCCUCUUAUGGCAUCUCAAUUCCAACCAGCGUGAUCAUUGUCAACAGCAAAACUCAGCCUGUCUGCAACGCCGGACUUCUACGAGGUUGUCACGUUUCGCUCAAGCCGAGAGGCAUUAAUCUGUGGCUAGGCCCCGAGAAUGGGUGUCCAGUGCCUCCGGCAGGCUUCAUGUGCCUGUUUGGCGUCUGCCGCCCAUGGCUCUGGCCCGUGAUGAUCUUGAUAUGCAUGUGCAUUGCUGGACUGAUUGGCCUCAGGUUAUUGCGCUGCUCAUAGGGUUAGUUCCAUGCCUCGCGGAGACUUGCGUCAUCGUCUACUUCCAUCGCAAGUGAGAGCAGGGAGCUGCUGCCAGACAUGGUGAGGGUGGUGAGACAGGUUGCGGGCUCGGAUCGACGCCGAGAAGUCCGGCUACGAGGACCUCCCGUCCAACUACAGCAACGAAGUGCGUUGAACUGCCGGCCGGUGUUGAUGACAUCACAGUCAUUGCACAGGUCGUUGUGGACGAGAACAAGAUGGAUGUCGAUUCAGACGAUGACAAUGUUCCUUGACUUCGCUCGUGUGAUGAUGGUGACUGUUGCGCAGUUGCCUGACGCCCUGCCACCGACAUUUUUCGUCACGGGCGCAGACGAUUGAAGGGCUGUUGUCAGGACGAGCGUGUACACGUACUGUAAGAUUGUACAUCACAUUUACUUCAAAUUGUAUAUUAUUCAAUUACAUUGUCCAAUUUUUUGUUG